AUGUCACGCUACAGGUGUGAACAUGGCGGCUGUUUACCUCCUCACAUCUUCUCCACUGUCAGAUAUAAAGCUGUGGACUAUGUGUUUGAGACGACCACCAGUUUGAAAGUCAUGAUGAACUUGCUGGCCCUGCCGGCGCCUUACCUGCCCGACACCCACCAGUACCCUCACAGUGGCAAACUGCCUGAAGUCACCUACAGGACACCGUGGAUCAGAGGAAAGGUGAUCUCCACCUGCAAACUCUUUGUCAGUGGUUCCGUGCUUGACGACCUGGGAAGAACAAAACAACCUAUGAAUUUUACAGAGAGAUUUAAUGUGACUCUAAAUGAGGCGAACAAAGAUGUGGAGAAGAUACCCAGCUCUAAUCCUGACUCACCUGAAGCUGAGGAUGAGGCUGUCUGCAAUUUUAAAGAGUCACAGUUCAAUGGUGCAUGUCACGAAAUGUUUUUCAAGUUGACAACUGACCAGAUGAAACCUACAAAUCAGAACAAAGAUCUCCUCCUGCCUGAAGAGCUCAUUGCUGUUGACUACCUGCCACAAUUUAAGAGUGAAUUACCCACAUUGAAAACCAAACUGUCCAGACUGAGGACGCUUCCCGUGGCCGACCCUCUGCUGAGCUCAGCGGGAGACACCAUCUCUGAGGACACAAUAUUCAGGAGAUGUGCGUCUUAUGAAAAAGCUCCUGGUUCGUGUGCCAGUGACGCUCACAUGUGUGCAAACAUACAUGAGGACUUUGCCAAAGAAUUGCUCAUGAAGGAAGAGUCUCUGCUCCUACCGGUUGUUGUGGACACUUAUAAAUUGACCACAGAAUACUACGACUCCUUUUCAAGCAUUUGUGGUCUUUUAGAUGUUGCUCCUGAACUAUUGGAUGAGCAACUUCCAGUCCUCGAUAUGCUUCAUCAAGUUUCCCUUUCAGAUGCAACAUUGUCAGUGGAUAAAUUCCAGUGCGACUCACCAGAGGAGCUUAAACAAGAAGGGAAGAGGAAUGAAGGCCUGAUGGACUCAGAUCUCAUAGAAAGUAUGAUGCUUCCAACUGAAUUGGAGCUGGACGUGUCUCUGACACUGUCUCCGAAGACCAGUCACAUCCGUCUGUGUCCGUCCACUUCUGAACUCGAGAAGGAAGAGUUGUCACCGCUCUGCAGCCGGUCUUUAGUGUCAGUGAGAGCUCACACCGAGAUGGAGAAGGCUCUUUGGAAAGCAGAGAAGCAUCCAACCUUUGUGGUGGGAUUUUUGUUGACAGAGCCUGAAACACCUGAACCAGCUUUGGGCUUCCAGCCGCUAUCUGAGGCUGUAAAAGUCCUUAAAUUAGAGAAGCAAAGCUUUGUCACUGCUGCUGCUGAACUGAGGUCACAGAUGAGCAAAGGAACCUCACAGGUGUAUUUGUGCAGCAACUGUGAGGUCACUGAGAGCCUGAGGUCCGAGCUUCCCUCCACCAGAGACGAGAAGAUGGAAGACUUUAAAAAGGUGUCACCCGACCAUGAGCUGUUUCGAACCUUCCUGAAGAGUCCUGCAAACAAAACUCAGUCACCUCACACGAAGAAACAGGAAACGUCUCCCCAUACUGAAGCUGCCACAGAUGAUUUUCCUCUGCAACAACAAAACCAUGCUGACACAUCUCAGAACAAACUCCUUAUGCACAAUGUCAACAUGAACAACAAGGAAGUAAAACCUGCAACACUUACACUUUCAAAAUUGGCCGCUGUCUCAAACACCAAGGAGGAAAUUUCCAAUGUCAGGUUCUUUGAAGUCGCUGCCCUGUCUUCUGCUCGUAAGAACAACAGAGACACAGGCGGAUAUGACUGUGAGACCGAGCAGAGUUUCCAAACUCCUGAGCAGACUCUGUUCUCACCACCGAUUAUCAGAGACAACCACAGACAUCAGCAGGUUACCAGACGUCCUCCAGAGAAGGAACUUGACCCUCUCUCUACCUUCAUGGCACUCAGAUCCCAGCAGAUGGCGCCAGUUACUGCAGCGCCUCAGAGCUCAGCCAGUUCUCCAGCACCAGAGGUGGACCGGGUAACUCCACCGUCUGAGCCGCAUACUCCGUAUAUGAGCGGUUCUGUGUCAGGAAAUGUUACCAGAGAGCAGGAAGCUGCUGGUCAAUGGAAAGGUCAAGUCAUCAGUCAUCCUGUCAGCCAGUCCGACCCUCAGGUGGCUCAGGAGAGCAGAGUGAUACAGGUUCAAGCUACAGACAGCCAGCAGCGGGCAUACUCUGAGCUGCUGACCAUCGCUCAGCCCUGUUUGAACUCUGCCAGAGAGCUGGGGCUCAACUUCCUGGUGUGGGGAGACUUCAGCUGCCUGGCCCCUGACCGAACACAUUUCCUCCUCAAACAGCAGGAGAGGGUGCUCUGCAGAAAGCAUGCACAGAGCACAGAGCUGAUCAGAGAUCAGGAGCUACUCUUCAGCAAGGUGGCUCUGAUUCAUGUGCUGGUGUCGUUCAAGGAGCUGCUGCUGAAGUGCGACCUCAGUACUGGAUUGGCGUACCUGACUCAGGCAGCUGAGACAUGUUCGGAGCAGAUUCUGCAGCAGCUGGUGAAGAGGAUGCACAUCAUCUUCUUCCUCAGUCACAAGAACCAGGAGCCUAACCUCAAAGUGCAGGAGCUGCAGCAGCUGCUGGUUGAAUGGCUGCACAGCAGGAGAGGACACAACAACGUAGACAAAAUUCUUGUCAUAUUAUCAGUCGACUCUGACGACAGCAGAUCCACGAUCAUCAACAGCUUGAGCCAAGUGGCCGGUACAGCUGUAACGUCAGUUUGUCCUAAGGAGAACAAAACCAAACUGAUUGGUGCCAGCGUGGUCAGCAGUGUGUGUGACAGUGUGUGUGUAGUGGUGUAUGAGCAGCAUAUAGGCCCCGACUUCCCCUGGAACAGUUUCUGUCUGGUGGUGGAGUUCGACCAUCCAGGUCAGUCUCCAUGGUCCACAGUCUGCAGAGGGAGGAGCAUCAGUCACCUCUCUUUCAACACCAGCAUCUCUGACUCUGAGAAGGGGAAAGACCCCUGGUGCCUGGAAGACAACGUUCCUUAUGUUGUGUUGGUGACUGAGGAGUUUCUUAACCGUCCACUGCUGCUGCAGACGCUAGAGUCAAAGUUCAAUAUAACUGUGUUGGAGAGGAGUCACUGUCCAUCCCUGCAGAUGCUCGGAGGGACUCAUCACUAUGCUGUGAUCACAGUGGAUGAAAGUACAGCCAUUAUUAUUCAGGAUCAGGAUGAACUGGAUCAGGAACAAGCCAGUGAGGGACUGGUGAUGAGACUGACUGCUCUCUGUCUUCAGUAUAACUGCUGCUGGGUGAUCCUGCACUGCCCGGACAUCCAGGGAGGAGGAUUUUCCAGCGAAGCCUUCAGCAACUUGUUGUUGGUUUAUUCGUCUCUGGUGCUGUUUGGAACAAAGUCCAAGGACCUAGAUGUCAAGGUGCUGAUAGUGUCCGAGGUUUGUGAAAUGGCCAAGUGGAUCAGUCAGAUCUGCUUCCACAGCCUGAUGUCCAGUGACAGGGAUCCUCUCAGCUUCCUGAACAGAGACUGGUUGACUGUGAUCCCUUCACAGGGGGAAAAGUGUCUGUUGCAGUUCCCAUGUGUUAACCCUCUGGUGAGUCAGCUGAUGCUGAGGAGAGCUCCAUCCCUACAGUGGCUCCUGGGGGCCUCUCUGCCUCAGCUCAGUGAGCUCCUCCCUGAGGUGCCACAUAAAGUCCUCAAGCUUUUCAGUGACACCACCUCCCUGUUCACACUGACCACGGACCCGAACCUCCUUGAGUCUCAGGCAGUCGUCACUGAGACUAACCAGCAACCCCCCACACCCCCUGGUCCAGAGGCGUUCUGCAGCCAAACCACCACCAGCUUCCUGUUUGGAGCUGAAAGUGCAGAGACCAGCUUCUGUGAACGAGACCCAGACCCGACGGUGCAGGAUGAAAGCACCGAUUUCACAUUCGACCUGAGUUGUUCCUUCGGCAGCACAGAUGUUCACCUGGAGAGCAGCUGGACAGGCAGGGAGCGGCGGAGAGAGGAGGGGACGUUUUCUGGAUUAAAAAGCCGAGCCGGAGCAGUGGGGAGGGUUGUGAGGAGAGUAAACGACCAGUGGACACGUGGGCCUCCACCGAACCACAGCGGCUUCACCAACUACCUCCACACUGCUGACGACAGUCCUCUCAAACUGGACUCCACGUUCAGAUACAGCCCACAGCAACCACCUGACGUCAGCACUCAAAUAUCUGCAUACUCUACAGUCUGCAGCGACUUCCAGCAUCCUAACAACCUUCACAACACCUGCAGUCUGAGCCCCCCCACUGCAGGGGUCACACCGUGGGGAAGAGGUGAAAGCAACGACGACUACGUCUCCAGCAUCGGAGGGAUGACAGCAACUUCACCUCAGUACGGCUCCCGAUGCUUGAUUGGACGAGAGAGGAAGAGGAGUGGAGAGGCUGCCGGUUUGGCUGGAACAGUGUUGACUCCACUGAAGAAGGGAAGGCUGAGCUACGAGAGGGUUCCCGGCAGGAGUGACGGUCAGACCAGGCUGAAGUUAUUUUAA